AUGACGGCCGCAACCGAUCUCGGACCUCCCGAGGUUUCCAACCCUCGCACCUCGGGCGACGCCGAGAAGGCCCAGGAUAAAAGCCCUCACGUGUUAGAAAACACUGAAGUUUUACGACAGUCGUGGUCCCGCAAGGAUCUGAUCAUUGCCUUUUCUGGGUUGUUUGCGACAACAUUCAUCAUUUCCUUCUUGAAGUAUUCCACCAAAGUCUACGAUGCCUAUGCUACCAGCGCAUUUGCGAAGCACUCGGCUCUCACAACCGCUAAUGUUGUGUUCGGCCGAGCUGAGGGUCUUACUAUUUCCAUCUUUUGCUUGGUUCUUUCCCAGAUCAUGUACGCCGCUUGCCAAGAUAUUGGCACUUACAUUGCCGGAGGCAUCUUUGAGUCUAUUGGAGAUACUGGAUACGCUAUUAUGCAACAGGUCUUCAUUGCCGACACCACCAGCCUGAUCAACCGAGGUCUUUGGUCCUCCCUCCCCGAGUCGGUUGCUUCGAUCCCCACACUCUAUCUAGGGUCUAUUGUUGGAGAUAGCGUCCUAAAGCACUCGACCUGGCGGUGGGGCUACGGAAUGUGGGCUCUCAUCAUCCCGUUCUGUUCUGCACCACUGAUUACCACCUUGUAUAUUCUCCAGAGGCGUGCCAGAAAGAACGGAUUCAAGAGAGAAAAGUCCUGGGCUGCAGGAGACAAGUCCGAGAGCUUUGGCAAGCGCCUUGUAAACGUUUUAUGGAUCGACCUUGACAUCUUGGGCGCCGUCCUCCUUGUCGUUGGCCUUGGACUGGCGCUCAUCCCUCUGUCGCUGACGGGCUCGAGAAAUAGCGACCGUUGGGAUCAAGGGUCCUACAUUGCCAUGCUCGUCAUUGGUGUGGUGGUUGUGGGCGCUUUCUUCGUCUGGGAUGCCAAAUAUGCCCAAGUUCCGUUCAUGCCCUUCCGAAUGAUCAAGGAGCGCACCGUCGUCGCCGCUUGCAUGUUGUCCAUGCUCGAUUUCUUUCACUAUUCUUGCUUCACCAUCUUCUUUCCCAGCUACCUCCAAGUCGCCGGCGGGUUUGCUCCAGGUCACUCCACCCGAAUUGAUAACGCCCUUCGAGUGGCUUUCCAGAUAGGCUCUGUCUUUGUUGGACUUCUGAUGAAAUACACAAAGCGCUCUCAGGUUUAUGUGUUCAUCGGCGUGCCACUUGUGGUUCUGGGACAGGGUCUCCAGAUCUACUUUGUCAACAUGAAUGGUGCUAGCGCUAAUGAGGCCUCGUUUGUUACGGCAAAGAGUCUUGUCGGUGUUGGUCGUGCGUUCUACCAAACCGCCGCCCAGGUCUCUAUCCAGGCUCUAGUCUCAAGGGAGGAUGUCCCUGUGGUUACUGGAGUGUAUUUUGCCGCCAUGAAUUUCGGUGGUGCAAUAGGCACUAGUGUGAGCGGCGCAAUUUGGAACAACCUCCUCCCCAAGAAGCUCAACAAUUAUCUCCCUGAAAACGCGAAGGACCAAGCUAUGGCUAUUUACAAAUCGAUUGUCAUUGCACAGAAGUACGCGAAGGGCACGGUCGUCCGAACUGGAAUUGAUAAGGCAUACCGCGAGACACAGCAGCUGCUUGCGAUUGCGGCUACAGCAGCUCUGGUUCCUAUGCUUCUCAUCAUGUUUGCACUCAAGACUGUUGACCUCAGCAAGGACGAAGAGGAGAGAUCUGAUGAGAACAAGUCGACAGAUGGCGACGAAGCGGAAGUCGUCACCAAGAGUGGAGUGAAGGAGCAGACCAAGAGUGAAGAUAAAUGA